CUAGGUUGUCACAGCACCAGGCACAAACGUCCAUUCCCACAUUGGCAGCUUCGUGAUUUUCUUCACGUUGAUUCGUCGGUGUUAGAGCGAAUCGAAGCUGAACUCAUCAGUUAUCCGUCGUGGAAUCGCAAAGAGAACGACUUGUACUCUUUGUUUCAAACUCCUGAUCUACAAACAAUCGAUAAAGCUGAACAACCUGCUAUCGUCGAUUUCCGGAAUUUUUUGUGCGACAAAGUCCGCACCUGGUUGGAAAAUGUUAGUGGUGUCAAGCUUUUGUCUCAAGUUGAUGCAACUGGAAGUUGCUAUGCUUCCACUGACCAUCUUCUUCCUCAUUCCGAUGAACGAUUUGCAUUCGUUUAUUACAUUACACAAGAACCAUGGGAAGAAUCUUUUGGUGGACAGACAAACAUCUACAAUAAAGACUGUGAACCAACAACAAUUUUUACCUCUCUUCUUCCAUAUAGAAACUCGUUAUUACUUUUUGAGGUAUCUGACCGCUCUUGGCAUUCUGUUGCGGAAGUAUUAGGAGAAGAUAACGAUCCACGGCUUUCUAUCAAUGGCUGGUUUCAUUCCAGUCAGCGUAUCAAACCGCGUGUACAGUCGGCCUUAAUUCUCCCACGUAUCUCACCAAAACAUGAAAAAUUUAACGCUCAGAUGAUAGAGGAGCUUGAUUCUGCUGAUUGGGUUGAGAAAGGUCCUGUGAAUAAAAGGUUCGUGUUGCAACAAGUUUUGAAACUCUCCUGUAAAACUUUAUAUCUAACUAACAAGUUCAUGUGGUGUUCAAGUGCUUGUUGA